AUGGCCUUAUCUAAAAAUCUAUUUGGAAUUUCAAAAUUAGCGCUGACUUUAUCUCGCCGAUUGGUUCAUAAUAUUGUUGAUACUACCAAGCCAAAAGAAGGAAUUUUUCCAAAUGGACCCUUAGACGAAGAUCUUGAGAAAAAGCAAUGUGUUCUGUGUCGUUUAAACGUAACUCCUGACUGGAAAAACGUGCGGUUGUUGUCACAAUUCCAAAGUGCUUACACUGGUAGAAUUUACGGACGCCAUAUAACUGGUUUAUGCAAGCACAAGCAAGAACUAGUUGAACGUGAAAUUCUUAAAGCUCAAAACAGUGGUUUUAUGCCCUUUUACAUGAAAGAGCCAAACUAUUUGCAUGAUCCAAUGCUUUUUGACCCAGAUCAUCCAUUUAGACCUCACAAAUAUUAA